AUGCAGCAAGUACGAGUCAGCCGCGCAUCGCACGUGCCCGUGCCACCCGAAAGCACGACACCAUUUAAUAUAUCGCGGGAAAUGCGACAGCAGAUGCGUGUGGUGCGUCACCGCGCAUUUGAACGGCAUCAGGAGAACGCACAGUGGACCAAGGAACUACUAGAUUGCAACAAAAUACAGAGUGACAAGAUUUCCGAUGGUCCAAUGCCGUCAUUUAAUGAGCUGCACAAAAACUUAAGUGCCGCACAAAAAAUUUUGGCAGCACUGGACGCUGCUAACGAUGCUGCUGCACUUAAUGAAUGUGUAGAGAUGGUUAAUGCAGAGAAAAAGCAACUGUCGUCAGGCAAGCAGCGUAAGAUGGAAAUCGUUCAGCUAUAA